GGCUCCACCUGAUAUUCGCGCACUUCAGUGCUUCACUGAAUCGAAAAAGUAAUCUACAAAUCUUCUGUAUCACUGAUUCCGUGGAUCGUAUUCGUAUCUUUUCUGCUUUUCCUUCGUCUCUUGGGUUUUCCAAACAUUUUCUUCAAUUAGUUUUUCUCAUUUUAUUUGGUGUUAGGAUUCAAGAUGGACUACAGAUGGUACGAUGGUAGAGGUAUGGGGCAGCAUGAGAAAGAUCAGGCAUAUCAAGAAUCACUUAUUGAGGAUAUGGCAGACGAUUUUCGCUUGCCUAUUAAUCAAAAGCCAACAGAAAACGUUGAUCUUGAUAAUGUGGAACAAGCAACACUAGAUACAAAGUUGACAUCAUCAAAUGUUGGGUUUAGGCUUCUCCAGAAAAUGGGGUGGAAGGGAAAGGGUCUUGGGAAGGAUGAACAGGGAAUGGUUGAGCCUAUAAAAUCUGGGAUUAGAGACCCAAAGCUAGGGAUAGGAAAACAAGAAGAGGAUGAUUUCUUCACUGCAGAAGAGAAUAUCCAGCGUAAGAAACUAGAUGUUGAGGUUGAGGAGACAGAAGAACUAGUGAAGAAGCGGGAGGUAUGAAGUUAUUCUUUUAGGCAAUGACUUUUUGUACAAGUUGUUAGAUAAUAAAAUGAGGUUGAUGAUUUACUUUUUGUGAAACCGACCUACAAUAGCAGAAGGCAGCACAUAGCAUAUAUGUGUGUCUUCUGAUUGGAAAUGGUAUAUCAUAGGAGAACAUCAACCUUGGAAGCGCUUGUCAAUUUCAUGCAGUUUUUAUUACCUGGUGGCUUCUACUCCCUGCUUCGUGCACAUUAUGAAAAUUCAGGUUUUAGCAGAACGUGAGCAGAAAAUUCAAUCUGAGGUGAAAGAAAUACGCAAGGUGUUCUAUUGUGAUCUUUGCAACAAGCAGUACAAGUUGGCGAUGGAAUUUGAGGCCCACUUGAGCUCUUAUGAUCACAACCACAGGAAGCGGUUUAAAGAAAUGAGAGACAUGCAUGGUAGCAGCAGCCGUGAUGAUCGGCAAAGACGAGAACAGCAACGUCAAGAGAGGGAGAUGGCCAAAUUUGCCCAAAUGGCUGGUGCCCAUCAGCAGCAGAAGCAACGUGAAGAGUCUGGGUCUGCUCCUGCAUCUAGUCCUUUAACUGCUACUCUGCUUGCUGAUCAGGAUCAACGAAAGACGUUAAAGUUUGGUUUUUCUUCCAAAGGAAUCACCUCCAAGGGUGCAUCUGGCAGUGCUGCAAAGAAACCAAAAGCUGCUGUUGCAUCUGUUUUUGGAAAUGAUAGUGAUGAAGAACAGUGAAAAACACCCCUUAUAGUUGGGAGACAGCAUUGUAUCUCAUGUAAUGAUUGUUUUUUUCCCAUUCCUUGUCUUCGUGGACAAUGUUUGCUAACUUCUAAUUAUUUGAAAUAUCCUGUAUUGUUAAUUAUAACUUUAGACCUAAGUUGGAUAUCAUUACAACUUUGGACAUUAACAUUACCAUAUAAUCUUUUGGCUUCCUUUUCUUGGUCUGUGUAACAUUUUAUAAGGUAUUGAUAAACACAGAGGUUCCCC